GACCGGAACCCCUGGUAAACGAGAGCCAGUUCACAAGAUCGGAAGACCGAGUCGAGAUGUCAUUCGGCUGCGCGAAUCUUCUCCUGCUGACGUUCGCAGUAGGUAUCGUUAUCGCGGGUCAAGAAUCGUCUCAAAAAUGCUCCGGAAGGAACAUCCAGUGGACCGGCGGCAGCAACAUCGAGUGGCCCUGUACGGCUACCAAGAAUAUGUACAAGAGCAGCGGCAAGUACGUCGGUAAGAACGUCAUCGCCACUCGAGCGGCUAUUUACAAGGACGAUGCUUUUCUAGCGCUGCCGAGAUACAGAGCAGGUGUCCCGGCGACUCUGGCCAAGGUGAGCAUGAAGGGCAAGAACUGCCAGGCGAGUCUCAGUCCCUUCCCCUGCUGGACCUUCCAGGAAGAGGGUAAUUGCGCUGCUCUUCAGAGCGUCGUCGAUAUCUUCCUCGACCCCCAGGGUAUCCUCUGGGCGUUGGAUACCGGUAUCGUCAACUCCCUCGAGGAGCCGGUUCGCAAGUGUCCACCCAAGGUCGUGGCUAUCAACGUCAAGUCCGGAAAGGUGGUGAAAACCGUGGACAUAAGUCCUCUCACCAGCCACAUAUCGCGCCUGCAGUACGUCGUAGCGGACUACAGCAGCGACGGGCGUGUCUUCAUCUACGUGGCCGACGCAGCCAGCCGAGCGAUCCUGGUAUUCGACGUGACCUCCGACAGAGGCUACCGAGUGAUCUUACCGAAAGCAGUGACCGACGGCUGUACUCGUCGAGACGUCCUCUAUCUCUCGCUGAUCCGUCGAUCCGACGGCACCAGCUGUCUCCUCUUCACCUACCUCAGCAGCAAGAACCUCUUCUCCAUCAAGACUUGUCACCUUCAGAACGGCUCGGCCCACGGAAGAAUUCGUAACAUGGGACCCAAACGCGACAAGGUCGUGUUCCUCGGUACCGACAACGGAAGCGCCGUGUUCUUCCGGAAAGAGGGCGAGAGCGACGUUUACAGGUGGAAUCUCGCCGACUGCACCAGCUCGGAUAACAUACUGAAGGUCUACAGGGGCGACUCUUGCGCUCUGCCGACCCAGGUCGUUUCCGAUUACAAGAGGGGCAGGAUGAGGCUGCUGGAGUCGAACUUCCCCGAUUAUUUUCAGGCUACCGUUGGCUGCGGAGUCAAUCACGCUCUCAAACUUCUCUGAUCAAUCGCCCUUCGCUACUACUGUGCAUCUAUCAUCCCCAUCAUCGUUUCGACGACCGUUGUAUACUCUAUGUAAGAGAUUUUGUACGAGACACACGUUAUUGUUACUUUUUGCUAUUAAACACUACUUUAUACGAUAA